AUGGCUCAACGCUUCAUCCAUGUCUUCUCUUCGCUUCUUGUGAUUCUCGCAGCCAUUGAAGGCACCAAAGCAGUCGAGUACACCGUCACCAACUCGGCCCUCGCCAGCCCCGGCGGCCACGUCUUCCGGGACAAAAUAGGCGCCGCCUACGCCAGGCAAACAAUGAACUCUGCAACCCAGUUCAUAUGGAGGAUCUUCCGGCAGCAGAAUUCUCCGGCAGACAGAAAGAACUUGCAGAGAGUGAUCUUGCUCGUGGAAGACGACAUAGAUGGAGUCGCAUUUGCAAGAGGCAACGAGAUCCAUCUCAGUGCAAGGUACGUUGGAAGCUUCUCAGGAGAUCUGAAAAGGGCAGUGACGGGUGUGUUGUAUCAUGAGAUGACUCACAUAUGGCAGUGGAAUGGGAAUGGGCAGGCCAAUAGAGGGUUGAUCGAAGGGAUUGCUGAUUAUGUGAGGCUCAAAGCUGGCUACGUACCCAGCCACUGGGUGAAACCUGGUCAGGGAGAUAGGUGGGAUCAAGGCUAUGAUGUUACUGCUCGUUUUCUGGAUUACUGUAACAGUCUGAAAAAUGGGUUUGUUGCAGAACUGAACAAGAAGAUGAGGACUGGUUAUAGUGACGACUACUUCAGGCAGCUUCUUGGGAAGCCAGUGGAUCAGCUUUGGAGAGAAUAUAAAGCCAAAUUUGGCAAUCUGCGAGUGUCUUAUAUAUAA